AUGGGUCGCCUUCAGGAGCAACAGCGGAAGCUGCUCGAGCAGCUCAUGGGCCCCGAGGCGCUCGGCAUCGUCCAGCAUGACAUCUCCCUCUACGACCCGAAGCUGUGUCACCCGUUCGUUGCGGGAAUCUGCCCGCACGACCUGUUCACAAACACGAAAAUGGACCUUGGACCCUGCCCGAAGACGCACUCUGUCAAGCUGAAGAACGAGUACGAGGACUUGCUGAAGAAGGCGGAGACGGAGAAGGACGAGCAUCAGCUGCGGAUCUUCAACACCUUCAAGACGAACUACGAGCGCGAGAUCAUGAACUUCGUCGGCGAGUGCGACCGGAGGAUCGCGGCGGCUCACCGUCGUCUCGAGAAGACCCCGGAGGAGAACAACCGCACGACGGCACUGAUGCGUGAAGUCGGCGAGAUCGAGGGAGCGUAUCAGGCGGCGAUGGCUGAAGUCGAGAUGCUCGGAUCCCAGGGAAAGGUCGAGGAGUCGAUGACGCAGCUUGCGAAGGCGGAGGCGCUGAAGGCGGAGAAGCAGGAGAAGGAGCGCGAGUUGCAGCAAUUGACGGACACGGCGGGCGCGUCUGGCCACCAGAAGUUGCGCGUCUGCGACAUCUGCGGUGCCUACCUCUCGAUCCUCGACUCUGACCGUCGUCUUGCCGACCACUUCGGAGGAAAGAUGCACUUGGGAUACCACCAGCUUCGCCUGCUCAUCGACGAGUGGAAGGCUCGCGGUCCCCUCCCUACCGCUCCCUUGCCCGCCGUCACCGCCGCACCAGCAGCCGGUCCGAACGGCAUGAACGGACCAGGCGGCUCCGGUCCCGCCGUCGCCGUUUCUGUCACCUUCCGCCCCAUCCCUCCCGAGAAGCGUCUCCGCCGCCGCGAACCCUCCCGCGACCGCUCUGACCACGGCCGAUCGGACCGCGACCGCUCCGACCGCGAACGAAGCAGUCGAGGCGAUGGGCACAGUAGGUCGUCGCGGUAUGACCGGGAUGACAAGCGAGACGACCGAGACCGUUCGCCGAGGACGAGCAGGAGGAGCGACGACCACCGUUCGUCGAAGGACGAUCGCGACCACCGCUCGUCGCGCGGCGAAGACGGGCACAGGUCGUCGCGGGACGACAGGGACCGUGAGCGGGACCGGGAGAGGGACAGCGACCGCAGGUCGUCGCGGUACGAUGAUGACAGGCGGUCCUCGCGGUAUGACGACGACGACAGGCGGAGGGGACCGCCUCGGGGUUUCGAGGAGGAACGACGAACGAGGCGGGCGUACGACGACAUCGAUGAGGACCGGGUUGGAGCAGAAAAGCGUCGCAAGGUCGACGAGUAG